UGUCACACCUCUCAACCCCAACCCUGGCUGUAGUGACCUGUGCUCCUUGCAGGGGGGGUUCCUCAAACCCAAGCCCACCACGUUAAAAUCCAACCCCCCCCAAGGGCAGCCCAUCUCCUGGUCCUCCCCCUGCACCAACCCCCCCAUGGCAGGGCUGCAUCUUCCUGCUGCAGAUGCCAUGGGCUCCCGGCACUUUCCCGCCCGGACCGUGCUUUUCGAGAAGGAGUCCAACGGUGUCACCUACCGUGUGCCCGCCCUGCUCUACCUGCCCUGCGUGGCCAAGCUGCUGGCUUUCGCGGAGGAGCGGCUGAGCGCUGAUGAUGCCCACGCCAACCUCCUGGUGCUGCGCCGUGGCACCGUCUACGGGAGCUACGUGGAGUGGGAAGACAUGCGUGUGCUGGAGACGGCGACGCUGCAGCACCACCGGUCGAUGAACCCCUGCCCGCUCUACGACCAGUUCACCGGCACCCUCUUCCUUUUCUUCAUCACGGUGCUGGGCAGGACGCCUGAAGCCUACCAGAUUGUGACAGGCCAAAACGUCACCCGCCUCUGCUGCGUCACCAGCAUUGACCAGGGCCUGAGCUGGAGCACGGCCACAGACCUGACACAGCAGGUCAUUGGCGGGGCCAUCAAAGACUGGGCAACGUUCGCGUUGGGCCCUGGGCACGGCAUCCAGCUGCGGUCCGGCCGGCUGCUGGUGCCCGCCUACAGCUACCACAUCGACUGCAAGGAGUGCUUCGGGCAGCUCUGCAAGACCACCCCUCACUCCUUCGCCUUCUACAGUGACGACCACGGCCGUGGCUGGCGCUUCGGGGAGUUCAUUCCCAACCUGCAGACAGGCGAGUGCCAGCUGGUCUCGGUGGACGAGGAGGACGGCUCCAACGUCCUCUACUGCAACGCCCGCAGCCCCUUGGGCUUCAGGGUCCAGGCGCUGAGCACGGAUGAUGGGGCUGUCUUCCAUGGGGGGCAGCUGGUCCAGCGGCUGGUCGAGCCCCCCCAUGGCUGUCACGGCAGCGUCAUUGGCUUCCCCGCACCUUUCGUGUACGUCCCCGCUGCCCCCCGGGACCCUGUGAUGCGCCACCAGGGCUCAGCUCCCCGGCUGCUUCCUCGGAUGCUCCCGGGGCUGCGGUCCUUGCCCACGCAGCAGACAGCUGGGGAGGAGCUGCCCAUAGUGGCCACCAGCGGCCACCACGAGCCAGCUGAGCCCAAGGAGGUCUCUCUUACCCCAGGGCAUCCCAGCCAUGCCGGCCGUGUCACCUUGGGCCCAGGGGACCCCAUGUCAACCUCUAAUCCCGUUCCCUUCUUCCAAGCGCCAACCUGGGUCCUCUACUCCCACCCCACCAGCUCCAUGUCACGGGUCAACAUGGGGGUUCACCUGAGCACCUUCCCCAGGGAUGUGGAGAGCUGGACUGAGCCAUGGGUCAUCUAUGAGGGCCCAAGUGCUUACUCAGACCUGGCUUACAUGGAGCUGCCCUACAAUGAGGACUCCAUCACUGGUGGCCCAGCCAUCGCGUUUGCUUGCCUCUACGAGAACGGGACCCGGUCGCCCUACGAGCAGAUCUCCUUCAGCAUGUUCACGCUGCACGACGUGCUCCAGAACAUCCCCCUGACAGCCACUGUGUCCCAGCGGGAUGGCGGUCCCCUGCGCCCCAGAAAGCGGGGGCGAAGGAGCUGCUUCAUCUCCUAGUGCUCCCCACCCCCCAGGUUGGUUCCCCCCAAUCACCCAGUGCCGGACCCCAGGGCACCACCCUGGAGCCUGGCACGCUGGGACGCCACAGCCUGGGGUCCUGCCCCAGGCCAGCAUGGCCACAGCACCCAGGAGGCAUGCACCACCAUCUCAAAACUGGGCUUCAUCUCUCUUUUUUUUAAUUGCUAUUUUGUAAUUAUAUGGCUUGUGCCACCAGCUUCCCCCCCCAGCUCCUUUCCCACACACCCCCCCAUGAAAUACGUAAGGGGAGCCCCCAGCAGCACUGCAGGAGAGAAGGCAGCCGGGGGCAGCGCCGGGGGACACGAUGCUCCAGCUGUGCCGUACCUGGUACUGCCACCCUGCUCCGACCGGCUUCUUCCUUCUUUAAUUGCUCCUUUUUUAAUGAUCCUGUUCAAGACACUCCCUCUAUUUCUCAAUGAUCUUUCCAAAGUUACUGUUUGAUCUGG